UAUUGGAUAUGUUGCACCCGCGUUGUGAAACGCACCUGUACGUUUGGCCACGCCCCUCGACCUGUCUUCAGGAGGAUUUAGGAAUAACGUUUCAAAACCAUAGAAGUAGUCGACGCGAGGAAGUGAGAGCUGAUUUGUGAUAUUUGAUCUCGGACGAGUUGUGUGAGAGUUACGGAUAAACUUAGUUCCGCUUACGGAGGGGACCUACACAGAAACCAGGCAUGGAAGAGUUAACAAUAUGGGAGCAACAUACAAUAACAUUAAACAAAGAUUCUAAGGUGGGUUUUGGUUUUGCCAUAUCAGGAGGCAAAGACAAGCCUCGUCCAGACAACGGGGAUACGGGUGUUGUGGUGUCAGAUGUGCUGCCAAAUGGACCGGCCAUGGGCCGACUGUUCAACAAAGACCAAAUUGUCAUGGUCAAUGGAGUGUCCAUGGAGAAUGUAAACUCUAACUACACCAUUCAGACCCUCAAGACAUGUGGCAAGACUGCAAACAUAACAGUGAAACGCCCUCGAAAGAUCCAGAUCCCAGCCACCUCCAGACCAUCUCGGGCCGCCUCCCAGUCAAACCUCCUGGACCACGACAAUCACAGGCAAACGCGGCGCUACUCUGACAGCAGUGACAACCGAGAUGGCAACCGCUAUCCUGGUCAUAGCCCUACGAAUGGGCAAGCAAGUGCACCACUCCUGAUGUCGUCCGGCUACAAGAGGCUGCCAUACCAGGACUUCCCAAGCAAACCAAUCAAAACUACUCUGGUUAAAAAGAAAAUCGCAGAUGAGUAUGGACUGAAGCUGGGCAGUCAAAUCUUUAUCAAGCACAUGACAGAAACAGGCCUGGCUGCAAAGGAAGGCACACUGCAGGAGGGAGACCUCAUUCUCAAGAUCAAUGGCAUGACGACAGAGAAUCUAUCUCUGCUAGAGACCAAGCACCUGGUGGAGAAGAGCAGAGGCAAACUGACCAUGACAGUGCUCAGGGAUGACCGCAAGUUCCUGGUCAACAUCCCAGAGGUGGAGGACAGCGCCCCCAACAGCGAGAACGACCGCCGCCGAGACAGCAGUUCCGAGCUCGAGGACAUUUCAGACAUUGAUGUCCCCACUCACAGAGCAUCUCGUCAACCCACCAAAGACAAACGGACACGCAGAAUGAGAGCUGAUCCUCCUCUUUCCAAGUCUCGGGAUUCAUCACCCAUACGGUCAAAAGCUUAUGCCCCUCGCCGAGUUCCAUCUGAGUCGGAGUCUGACCACAGCGCCUCUCCUCCGACUGUCAACCCAGACAUGAGGGAUCAGCCCACCAAAUACAAAACUCUCUCCGGUGUGUCCACCCUCCCCAAUGCCCUAUCCUCUCCUGUAUCUACCGGUUCUCGCCCUCGUAGACCGGUGUCGGAGUCGGACUCGGAUCGCAGUGCUUCUCCUCCUCCUCCUCGUACGGACAUCAGAUACAAAGUUCUCCCUGAUAUACAACCCCCAACCUUGAAAGCCACUCCCAUCGAUGUUCGUCAGGAGCAACCUCGAAAGCUGAACUCUCCUGUUAGAAUUCCACCCCCAGAUUCUGAGUCUGAGUCGGACAACAGCUUGGUGCCUCCUCAGAGGCAGAGCACCUCAUACAAUCAGAACUCUCUCAGCAGAUACAGAGCACUGCCACAUGUUGCCCUGCAGCCCCAGGUGGAGCCGCCACGAUGGAGCGUCACCAGCAAUCCACCUCAGAAAGCUCUUUCAGAUUCUGAGUCAGAGGCCAGUUACACACCUACAAACAAUGUUUCCAACACAUUGAACAACAAAUACAGAGUUCAAUCUGGGGCAAAAUCCACUUCAGUUGCUGUGAGGCAGGAGCCUCCUCAUCGAGCCCCUGCUCUACCCAGUCCACAGCCUGAUGAUUCCUCAGGGUCAGAUGAGCUUUCAUAUCUCAGAAGGUCUGGGAGCUCUGAGCGCGAGGACAACUACCGCAGUGUUCCCCGAGCUACUAGCAAACACGGCACACAGAAGUCUGGGAUCUCAGUAAAAGCCACACCCCAAGUCUACUCCAAGACUGCAGAGGAGCCCAUCUACUCCUUACCUCCAGAUUCUUACCCAGCACCUAAUCCUGGGUACAGUUCAGAUGUUCACACAGUGUCAUUUGUGAAGGAGGACAGCGUGGGUCUGAGGCUCGUGGGGGGCAAUGAUGUUGGGAUAUUUGUAGGUGGAGUUCAACCAAACAGUCCUGCAUAUGAGCAGGGAAUGACAGAAGGAGACCAGAUCAUGCAGGUAAAUAAAGUAGAUUUUGGCCAUUUCACACGAGAAGAGGCAGCCAACUUCCUCCUGAACAUCAAGAAAGGAGAGCAGAUUGAAAUCUGCACUCAGCACAAGAUGGACAUUUAUAAGAAGAUCACAAAGUCCAACUUGGCAGACAACUUCUUUGUCCGCACCCACUUUGACCAUGAAGCAGAAGGCCCCAUUGGCUUGGGCUUCACCAGAGGAGAGGUGUUCAGGGUGGUGGACACGAUGCACCGUGGGAAGCUGGGUAACUGGCUGGCCAUCCGUAUGGGGAAUGAUUUGCACGAGUUAGAUAAAGGCACCAUCCCCAACCAGACCAGGGCUGAGACACUGGCUAGCAUCGAGAAGACGCAGCGGACCAUUGGAGAGAAGCCAGUGGCAGGGCCGAGAGCUGAGUUCUGGAAACUCCGGGGGCUCAGAGGGAACAAGAAGAAUGAAAAGAACACACGUCGGACUCGUGAUGACCUGCUGCAGCUCACCAUUCAGGGCAAAUUCCCGGCCUACGAGAGAGUGCUGCUCAGAGAAGCUAAUUUCAAACGGCCCAUUGUCAUCAUGGGUCCACUUAAUGAUAUUGCCAUGGAGAAGCUGGCCAAAGAGAUGCCUGAUGAAUAUGGAGUGGCAGAAAUGGUUCCUCGCAGUGGUGGAGGAGAGAGUGGCUCCACAGUUAUUAAACUGGACACUGUGAGGAGAAUAGCAGAAAAGGACAAGCACCCUCUGCUGGACAUCACUCCCACUGCAGUGGAGAGGCUGAACUACAUCCAGUACCAUCCGAUGGUGCUGUUCUUGGACCCUCAUAGCCGCAAGGAUGUCAAGGCCAUGAGACAGAGGUAUAAUCCGUCCUCCAACAAGAGCUCCAGACGCCUCUACACACAGGCCCUCAAGCUAAGGAAACACUGCAGCCACCUUUUCUCAGCACGUGUUGACCUGCAGCCAGACUCUGAUAUUUGGUAUGAGAGACUGAAAGACAAGAUCCGCCACCAGCAGUCAAAACCUGUCUGGGUGUCUGAAGUCACGUUGGAGAGUGGUGGAGAGCAGGACCUAGAUGCUCUGGACCAAAUGCAGUCUGACUACCUCAGUGCUGCUAGUGACCUAGAAGACACUGAUGGAGAGCCCUUCACUGAUGGAGAGAUCUACACUGAUAAUGAAGACCUUGAAGAGGCAUACCUCGGUCAAGAAGCAGCCAGGCCCCCACGAGGCUCCAGGGUAGUGGGAGCUGCCUUAGCCCGAUCAUCUGAGCCAGCUUAUGGGCACUCUAGCCACACCAUGGACCCAGAGUCUCGGUCCCCACCCCAAGAAAUCCCACCUUUAAUGCACGUACCUGACCCCAGGUCACCCCAUCAGGACAAUUAUAGCCCACCUCAAAGCACUGCUGAGGACGAAGACCCCUCUCACCGCAGUUUUACAGACUCCGAUUUCAGUGCUCUUGACGUAGUUGCAGCAACCACUCCAUCAGAUGGACCUCCAGAUUUUAAGGCCCCUCACCCCUCCGUAAGGCACUCUGAGACGGAGGUACCACCUGAGAGCCCACAACAUGCCAGCCUGUCUGUCACUGAAGAGAAAUUAAACCCGGCUAGUGAGGCAGAGACACAGCCACAGCCACCACAUGAGGAGAAGAAAGGCCCUCACUUCAUUGUGCUGGCACAUCAUCACCAAGCAGUUCAGUUCAGGCGCACACAGAUUCACGGCAACUCCUCCUCUGAGGAGGAGGAUGAAGAAAACGACAUUGAAUGGGGACCAGCGACAGAACUCUAGACACAAUGAGGAUUAAAAAUGGAGCGCUCUGAGGACAUGGAAACAAUUUUACUCCGCCAAGAAACUGUUACCUGGAUGAUUUUUACAUGUUUUUGUGAAGUUUUAUGUGACGAUGUGGCUGUAGGAUGGUGGAGACUGUUGUGUUCAAGGUUUCUACAGCCUUUCACAGAUGAAUGUUUCUUUUUCAGCUUUUUUUUAAAAUAUAAUUUAAAUAGCCAUAUGUGAAACUAAAUCAGUUUGCCCUUGGUUGUUAAAGCUACUGUAUGUAACAUAUCAACAAUUAGUCUGUUUUUAUGGAAUUAAGCAAAGGCAUUCAGGAAAUUUUUUGAUGGCUCUUUAAUAAAGAAAUUAAAAAAUUUUUAAACAAGCUUGUUCAGUCAUACAAAUUAGUAGAAGUCUAUAAGUCUAUAUUAAGCCAGGUUUCACAUACAUAAAUGCAACUUUGGCCAUUGCUAAUCAUUCAUGACAUCAUAGUAUAACUUGAUAUGGACAAUGAUGUUAUAAGCAGAGUGUGACACAGAGGUUGGACGUAACAGUAGUGUUAUGUGUAAAGUGACCUGUGAGUAGACUUGCCCCUGAACCUGGGCAAAGACCCCAGGUUCACUUUGCUGUAAUGACUUUGUUGUAAUUUGAUGUUUGUUUGUUUUUUGUUUUUGUUUUUUUUACAAAUCAGUUUGAUAAUAUGAAUCACUAAAGCACAAUAUAAACUGAUAUGUGAGGGUUUUCACCUAAUCUUGAGCCCUUAUCUUUUAUAGAGAGUUUGUGUAAAAAUCUAUAGUUUGAAUAAUGUUAAUUUAUCAGAUGAAGUUGUGCUUGGAGGGUGCAUAAUUCUAAAUAAAUUUGUGUAAUCAAGUUACCACAAACUAACAUG